AUGGGCUGUUGCUGCUUAAAAAAUCAAAAGACACUACCAACACACAAACUAGAUGAAAACACGAAAAACACUUCAAUGAUUCCUUUAAAAUCUUCCACAAACCCGACCUCUCCUAUAGCUUUAGACUUGCAAAAUACAAUAAAAGAAUCCAAAAAACGAGAACUCACAGAUGUUUACAAUAUAAAAAAAGUAAUAGGUCAAGGAAGCUUUGGAUUUGUUAGAAAAGGUCAGCAUAAAAAUCAUCCAGAUUUAAUCGUUGCAAUCAAAAGUAUUGAUAAAUCCAAAAUAAAAAACGAGUUGCGUUUAUUAAAGCGAGAAGUGACAAUUUUGCAAAGCAUUGAUCAUCCUAAUAUCAUAAAACUUUAUGAAACAUUUGAUGAUGCAAAAUAUUUUCACAUUGUUAUGGAAUUUUGUUCAGGAGGAGAGUUAUUUGAAAAAAUAAUUGAGCUUGGAGGAAAAAUCAAUGAGAAAAAGACUGCAGUAUACAUGAAAAAGAUACUAAAUCCACUGCAAAUGCUUGAUGAUAGCCUACAAUUUUUAAAUAAUAUUGGUAUCUUAUAAUGGGGUAAAAUGAAAGGGAUAAAUUAAAAUGCGUUUUGACCUAUAAAAUGACUGUAAAUUUAAUAAUUGUUUUAUUUAUGCGUGAAUAAAAUCAUGAAAAAACGGCAGAAUUUUAUAAUUUCAGAUAUGCUUUUAAAAUUUUUUGGGGCUUUUUAUGGAUAAAACAAUUUUUAUUUUAUAGUAAUUUUUACAGGUUUAAAAUUUACUGUAAUUUAUUACUCAGAAAUUUUUCAUGUUAACUCCUUAUAAUUUCAAACAAAUUAAUAAUUUUUUAUGGUUUGAUAAUAAUUCACAAAAAAUCGAUUAUUAGAAAAUCGAAAAUAAACUAAUAUAAUUUCUUAAGCGUUUUAUAAAUUCAAAGAUUAAAAAGUGCUUGCAAUUUAUUGCAUAGAGUAAGAGCAGUUAAUCAUCUUCAUGAAGUAGGGGUGUGCCAUAGAGACCUUAAACCUGAAAAUUUUGUAUUUGAAAAUGACUCCCCUGAUGCAGAACUCAAAAUCAUUGACUUUGGAUUAUCAAAUAAAUUCGGAAGCAAGUUUAAACAUAUUGUAAAGAUGGAAAGCUUUGUAGGCACUCCUUACUAUAUAGCUCCAGAAGUUAUAAAAGGGGAUUAUGGUCCAAAAUGUGACAUUUGAAGUGUAGGAGUUAUAAUGUAUGUAAUGCUCACAGGGCAUGUUCCUUUUCCUGGUGAUACCCAAGUAAAAAUAUUUAAGAAUAUAAUGAAAGCCAAGCUCAAAUUGGAAAAUCCGAUCUGGGAUACCAUAAGCGACGCAGCAAAAGAUUUAUUAAAGAGACUGCUUGUGGCAAAUCCUCAUCAAAGAUUAAGUGCGGCUGAAGCCUUAAAUCAUCAUUGGUUUAAUGAUCCAUCAAAGCAAAAAUUAGCAUUAGAUCCAAAUAUAAUUUUGGCUUUGAGAAGUUAUAAGCCGAAAUCACAGAUGCAAAGGGCAGCACUUGGUAUUAUCGUAAAAUAUUUAUCUGUCGAUCAAAUUAAAGAUUUAAGACAAGCAUUCUAUGAUAUUGAUGUGAACCAAAAAGGAGAGCUAAACAUACAUGAAAUUGAUGAAGCUUUAAACAAAUGUGGGAUAAAUUUACCGAAGACUCAGCUAUCUGAACUUUUUAGGAAUCUUGAUUAUAAUGGAGCUGGGGUGAUAAAUUACUCACUCCCUCAAAGAAUGGCAAAAUCAAUUUAUCUAUAAUUAUAUGCAUUUUUUCAUACAAUUCUUUUACGAUAAUAGAAUUUGAAAAAAAUCUUUCGGAGUUCAUAUUUUGCAAAGUAUUAUAUAAUUUUUAUUUGAGAGCUAUUAAAUAUAAUUUUAAAUCAUUAAUAGAAACAAUUAUACAAAAUUUACCCAAAAAAAAAAAAUUUUACAAUUUUAUAAAAGAAGUCAGAAUUUUUAUCUGCUACACUAUCAUCUAAAAUUCAACUUGAUGAGCAUAUGCUAUGGAUGGCUUUUAAAGUAUUUGACAAAGAAGAUCAAGGAUUUAUCACUGUUGAUAAUAUACAUGAAAUCAUGAACAAGAUGGGUAAGCACGUCACUAAAGAUCAAGUCAGGGAAAUUCUUAAUGAGGUUGAUUUGCAGCACGAUGGAGUCAUCUGCUUUGAUGAAUUCAAAAAAAUGCUGUCUGGUGCAAAGAUUUAA